GCCCCACACAGCAUGCUGCGACGCCGCUCUGAGUGACGCACAGGUAACCAGAUGCACCUGCGACAAGCCCGUGGAGGCUCUUGGAUCUUGCAAAACCUGGGUUAUCCCUCUCAUCCGGCGCUAGCGGUUUGUUUCGAAGGCAGGAGCGACCGUUGCUAAUGGAAACCAACGGCAAAUUUCGGUCGUACAGCGUCUUCACGGUGUCGUACCCGAACCUGACAGGAAAACCCGCAACUGCCAGGCGCAAAUCCGAAUAUGGAGGACGGGAGAACAUGGACCGGAACUGGGGCAUCGCCGUGGCCGCGGCUGUAGCUUCGUUCUUCAACCUGGCCACGCAGAUAAACUCUGGCUUCUUCUUCGUCGCCAUUAUGGACACGUUCGCCGUGGGCCACUCGAACGCCUCGUGGCCAGAGAGCGUUUUCACCAUCAUGACGUACUCUGGAAGUCUGAUCGUCGUUGUGCUUCAGCGGCACUUCACGGUGUCCCAAAUCACACUGCUCGGAAGCUUGAUGCUGUGGAUACCGCUGAUAGGCGCCGCCUUCGCUCCCAACAUCACGAUGAUGACCCUAGCCCUGGGUGCCCUCCAUGGUAUGGGUGCAGGCAUCGUGCUCGUGAGUUUCAUGGUCACCCUGGGCCUGCACUUCGACAAAUAUUUGGCUGUUGCCAGUGGACUUCGCGACGCUGGCACCACUCUGUGCGCCUUCGUGUUUCCGUCUCUGCUGUCAUUCCUGAACAGCCGCUACUGCCUCCGCGGCACGCUGCUCGUCUACAGUGCGCUCGCCAUGAACGUCACGGUCGUGGCGCUUUUCUUGUGGGUGCGAGUUCGGGAGAGUGAACGACAAGACUGCCCUGAAGGCCCCAGGCCUGUCCUGAAGACUACGAAAAAGGAAGGAGUUUUUAUGCUCUCGAAGUCGCAAAUGACGCUCAAUACGUUUCCGAAAGCUGUGCGCGGUGACAAUGAGUGCGAGGAGUCGUUUGCCUCAUUUUUGCGGAAGCUUGCCAUACUGAGGGCUCCUAGCUUCUACGUUGUUGUCCUUGGUGCCACGGUGGAGAUUUACGGGUACACUGUGUUCCUCGAAACCAUAGACUCUUACGCGCUGGACAAGGGAGCUUCUAGACCGCAGGCCGACAUGGCGAUCACGUACGCGACCAUCGCCGAAAUUGUGGGCUACGUCGGCGUGCCCUUGAUCGCCGACAUGAACUUCGUGAGCCGACAGACGAUGAUGACCACCUGCUUUGCUCUGCUCACGCUAUGCUACGCGCUCGUGCCGUACACGUCGUGGCCGAUGACGUACGUCGUUGACAGCGCCCUCCUCAUAACUUUCAUCGCUGCUGUGAGCUCUCUACGGUGUUCGCUCAUGACGCAGUACUUCGGCGCCGUCCAAGUGCCGCUCUGCAUGACGGCGGUUGGGCUGCUGCUCAUUCCUCUGCAACUGAGCAGUCCCACGAUCAUAGGCUUCUUCCGCGACAACCUCGGAUCAUACGAUGGCAUUUACCGUGCUCUGGCAGUGCUGCAUCUCGCCAUGGUCAUGCUUUACGCUCCUCUUGCCGUGCACGAACGGAGAAAGAAGAGAGGCUCGUUUCAAGCCGAGCCCGAGGCCUGCGCGCAAGUUACGAAGCUUUAAACGGAGACAUACGUCAGAAAUUGACGGUCCUUGUGCGGACAUUUGUGCUGAAGAACCGGGUAGCUACGCAGGUAAUCACGUAGGAGCCAUCUUGAAAACACGCGACCUAUAAUGUGCCAUGUCCAAUUCUUACACGCGUCGCCUGCGUGCUGCCUAUCUCAUAUAAGUGAAAUGCGCAUAGAAAUGCAGCACCAGAAGAAGUGUAGGGACAUACUGGUGCGCGGGAAUUUGCACUUGCCAACUUUUAGCCUUUCCCCAGAGUACGUGUGCUGUAUAGUACUUAAGAAAAAGAACCGAAACUUCGGACACGCGUUCAGCAGCUUUUUUUUUUUUUUUUUGGUGAAAGUGGCCCGCAGCAGCGCGGAAUAUCGAGGCACUGCUCCUGCUCGUCUAACCACCUUUCCCCCUGUGGACUAUUUUACUGCGGAACCAUGCCAGAAAGCUGUCGCUUCCAAGGCUUCUGCGCUUCGGUACACCCUACAUAAAGUCUAAGCCAUCGGCAACCACUCGACGCAUGUACUGUUGGCUGUUGCUCCGCAUGGUAGGACAUUGCGACAUUUUCUUCUUAUUUUGGUGUCCUCCAAUGUUCGUGCUCUUUCAUCGAUGCGCAGUACAGACAGGUUGUGUGGCUCAGUCUAGUGUCUUCGCCAUUGUUUGUGUGUUCUGUGUGUUGUCCCAGUCCCUCGUUUGAAGCUGCUGAGCAGUAGCAUAAUUCUGUUCAUCAUCGCCGCACCAUUCUCACCACUGAAGACAAAACAUCACUGAACACAAGUUCUUUAUUUUAAAUGCGUAAGCAUUUCGAUGGUUACCCAACGAGAAAACUGUGCGAGCGUCCGUCUUUCACGUAACACGAUCGCUUUCAAGAUACAGCCAGCAGCAAUGUUUCGCCAGCUGUGCAAGAAGACGA